UUCUCAUUAAUUGUUCUGGCUUCUGAUGAGGCAGUGUUGUGAAUUUCAGAUCAACAGGAAGAGAGGCUACAACUCGUAACGGCUUUCGGGGUCUUGUCUGAGCAAGCACAAGCACAAGCACAAUCACAAUUCAAUUAUCUGAUCAAGAACACGUACUGUUUCAUGUUUUUCUAACUUAUUCAUGUCAAGCAACAGUUAGUGACAUGUUCUAGAGCUACCAAAAAGCUCUUAUUGCCAAAGAUGUUGCCAAGGUAUGAUCCAAAUGACAGUGAAACUGGAAUGAAGCUUUUGGAGGACCUGACCACAAAUGCAUGCCAACUGCAACAACAGGUAUUAGAGGAGAUAGUGAAACAAAAUGUGCAGACAGAAUAUCUUAGGAGCUUUCUCAAUGGCCAUUCUGAUAAGAAACUUUUCAAGGAGAAAGUUCCUAUUGUGAAUUAUGAAGAUAUCAAGCCUUACAUCGAGCGAAUUGCCAAUGGGGAGUCAUCAGAAAUCAUUUCAUCUCAACCAAUCACCGAGCUUCUCACAAGCUCGGGAACUUCGGGAGGGCAACCAAAGAUGAUGCCUUCAACUGCUGAAGACUUAGAUAGAAAGACAUUCUUCUAUAACCUCCUUGUGCCUGUGAUGAACAAGUACGUGGAUGGCUUAGAUCAAGGAAAAGGAAUGUACCUUUUGUUUAUCAAACCAGAAAUUAUAACUCCUGCUGGUUUGACGGCAAGACCUGUGCUAACAAGCUAUUACAAGAGCAAUAACUUUAGAAACCGGCCUUUCAAUCGGUUUAAUAUUUACACAAGCCCGGAUGAGACUAUCUUGUGUUCAGACAGCAAGCAGAGCAUGUAUUGUCAAUUACUUUGUGGCUUAGUACAGAGGGAUGAGGUUCUAAGGGUUGGUGCUGUUUUCGCGUCUGCUUUCCUGCGAGCUAUCAAAUUCUUAGAGGAGAAUUGGAGAGAAAUGUGUUCUAACAUUAGAACUAGUCAUGUCAGUGACUGGAUCACUGACCCCAGUUGCAGAAAUGCUGUAUCUUUAAUCCUUGCCAAACCCAAUUCAGAUUUGGCUGAUUUGAUUGAGUAUGAAUGUGGCAGUAAAUCAUGGGAAGGGAUAAUUAAAAAGCUUUGGCCUAGAACAAAGUACAUUGAAGUCAUUGUUACAGGGUCUAUGGCCCAAUACAUCCCGACUCUUGAAUUUUACAGCGGUGGAAUCCCUUUAGUAUCAACUAUGUAUGCUUCUUCUGAAUGCUACUUUGGUAUCAAUUUCAAACCGCUUAGCAAGCCUUCUGAUGUGUCUUACACACUCCUCCCUAACAUGGCCUACUUUGAGUUCCUACCUGUGGAGAAAAACCAUGAGGAAAUGUCGGAGAAGAUCCAAUGCAAUGGUUCUGAUCAGAAUUGCAUGCAGGAGGAGGAUAAAAGGGAAGGGAUGCAAACAGUUGAUCUAGUGGAUGUGAAGCUUGGUCACUAUUACGAACUAGUUGUCACAACUUUCACAGGCCUAUACAGAUACAGAGUGGGAGACAUUCUCAGGGUUGCUGGUUUUCACAACAAAGCUCCCCAGUUCCGGUUUGUGCACCGGCGAAAUGUGGUUUUGAGCAUAGACACAGACAAAACAAAUGAAGAAGACUUGUUAAAUGCAGUGACACAAGCAAAGCGCCUGCUUGAGCCACUUGGUUUUCUCGUAACUGAGUACACUAGCUAUGCUGACACUUCAUCAAUACCGGGUCAUUAUGUACUAUUUUGGGAGCUUAAAAUGAAAGGAAACAAUGAUUUUCCAGAGUUUGAUCAUACCAUAAUGGAACAAUGCUGCUCCACAGUGGAAGAAUUACUGGAUUCUGUCUAUAGGAGAUGCAGGAAAAAGGACAAUUCAAUUGGACCCUUAGAGAUAAGGGUUGUGAAGAAUGGGACAUUUGAUGCACUUAUGGAUUUUUGUGUGUCUCAAGGGUCUUCUGUUAAUCAGUACAAAACACCCAGAUGCAUUAAAUCAGAGGAAGCCAUUAAGAUUUUGGAUGCAAAGGUGGUGGGGAGGUUUUUCAGUAAAAAUGUUCCCUUUUGGGAGCCAUUUAGGAUUGAAACUAAAUAAAUUGACAAUGACA